AUGUGUAACAUUUCAACCUCGUGCAAUGUCGACUCGAACAUUGAUCAGUUCUUCCAGCCAGCGCUGUAUAUUAUUAUCAUCGUACUUGGCUUCCCCACCAACUGCAUGGCCCUGUGGGCUGCUUACAUGCAGGUCAAACAGAAGAAUGAGCUGGGCGUCUACUUGAUGAACCUCUGUGUGGCUGACCUCUUGUACAUAGCCACGUUGCCACUGUGGAUAGACUAUUUUCUUCACCAUGACAACUGGAUCCACGGCCAGGUGUCAUGCAAGCUCUUUGGAUUCAUCUUCUACACUAACAUUUACGUCAGCAUUGCCUUCCUUUGCUGCAUAUCAGUGGAUCGGUAUUUGGCAGUAGCUCAUCCCCUUAAAUUUGCCAAAGUUCGUAGGGUCAAAACAGCUUUGCUAGUCAGCGCGGUUGUCUGGGUCACGGAAGUAGUGGCUAACUCUGCACCUCUCUUCCAUGAUGAACUCUUCAAGGAUCGCUUCAACCACACCUUCUGCUUUGAGAAGUACCCCAUGCAGGACUGGGUGGCUGGUAUGAACCUUUACCGCACUUUCCUGGGCUUCUUGGCACCCUGGAGUGUGAUGCUGGCUGCAUAUAGAGGUAUUCUGAGAGCUGUACGAGGUAAUGUCUCCACCGAGCGACAAGAGAAGGCCAAAAUUAAGAGGCUGGCCCUCAGUUUGAUCCUCAUUGUGCUCCUCUGCUUUGCUCCCUACCACGUCCUACUUUUGUGGCGAAGUGUGGUCUUCCUCAGCAACCCCUGUGACUGUGGUGCAGAGGAGGACUUGUUUGGUACAUAUCAUGUGACUCUAGCGCUCACCAGCCUCAAUUGCGUAGCAGACCCUAUUCUAUACUGCUUUGUCAACGAAGGGGCCCGUCAGGAUGUGGGUCAGGCCCUGGCCACCCUUUUGGGUCUCUUCCAUCGGGGUCAAAAAGAUGCACUGAUGGGGGCGUCAAUCACCGUAGAGACACCCCUGGCAAUGAAGAAACCUGAUUUCUAUGGUGAGGUCAAGAGUAACGCCUAUAAGUCUGACAUUGAAGUGCUCAAAGAGGAGUGCCUCCAAAUGACCAUUCUCAGUGUUAAGAAGUGA